AUGGGUGCCCAAAUUAGUUCGCAACGAUCCGCCAGCAAGAAUACACGGCAAGACCAUUCUCUCAGUCUAGACAGCCACAGCAGCUCGGAGCAGAGCUUGGCUGCGAAGUUGCUGGAACACACAAUACGGAAGCCUGCGAGUAAUAAGCGAACAGACACAGCCAGAACAUCAGACCAGCCAGAAGCGGGUGCAGUCGAGCGGCCUCCGGAGAGAAAGAGAGAGGACCGCAGUGCGCAGGGACCGGCACUGCCCGACACUGCAAAGCCACAUCCCGCUUCAUCGCUGAAGAUGGCCAAUCCAGCGACAGUGCCAUGCCAGUACCGGACGGGGAAAACCCUGGGUAGCGGCACUUAUGCCAUAGUCAAAGAAGCUGUCCAUAUCAAGACGGGGAAGUACUAUGCCUGCAAGGUGAUCAACAAAAAGCUCAUGGAGGGCCGGGAAUACAUGGUCCGGAACGAGAUCGCUGUGCUGAAGAAGAUUUCGAAAGGGUGUUACAACGUUGUUACCCUGCACGAUUACUUCGAGACUUCACAUAAUCUUUACCUUUGCUUCGAUCUUUGCACAGGCGGAGAGCUGUUCGACCGGAUAUGCGCGAAAGGCAACUACUAUGAAGCGGAUGCCGCGCAUCUGAUCCGUAUCAUUUUCAAUGCCGUCAAGUAUAUUCACAGCUGCGGCAUUGUGCACAGAGACCUGAAGCCGGAAAACUUGUUGUUCCGCACUAAAGACGAGGAUGCUGACAUCAUGAUUGCUGACUUCGGUCUGAGUCGGGUCAUGGACGACCAUGCAUUGACGGAGAUUUGUGGUACACCGGGGUAUAUGGCUCCCGAGAUAUUCAAAAAAACUGGUCACGGCAAACCCGUCGACGUCUGGGCAAUGGGCGUCAUCACUUAUUUCCUGCUCUGUGGCUACACACCCUUCGAUCGCAAUUCACAGCAGGAAGAGAUGGAGGCCAUUAUCGCAGGAGAUUACAAGUUUGAACCAGAGGAAUAUUGGGCCAAUGUCUCCGAUACUGCGCGCAGUUUUGUAUCGGCUUGUCUCACCAUCGAUCCUGCAUCCCGACCAACAGCGGCAGAAGCACUCAAUCACAAGUGGCUCGCUUCAGACCGACCACACUAUGUACCCGACCCGGAAAGUCCAACUGGCGGCCCGACGGACUUGCUACCGCACGUCAAGAAGCACUUCGACGCGCGCAAGACAUUCCGCAAGGCAGUCUUCUCGAUGAUGGCGAUGAAGCGAAUGUCCACUUUGGCGCACUCACAUUCUACAAGCAAUUCGGCUGGACCCAACUUGCGACAAUUGAUGGAGGAAUCAGAGAAGGAGCACGUCAACGAGGAACAUACUGUAACGCGUUUCGAUCACAGCUUGUCGAGCUCCGAGGGUGGGUCCCUCGACGAUCACCACGCGCAGCGGCUAAGCGACGCAAUGGCCAAAGUGUCGUUGGGUGCUGCCAAGUAG